AUGCCGCCUCGAAUAUCAUUGGCACCGUCUCGAACCCUGUCGUCGCCAUUGACACGCUGUGUGCACCUGCAGCCCCAGCGGAGGUUUCUCUCGAGCUCCGCAGAUGCACCAGAAGUCUACGAUGUCGUCUGUGUAGGUGGAGGCCCGGCUGGCCUCAGUCUACUUACGGGUCUAAAAGCAUCGCCAAUUACCAAUGGAUUGAAAGUUGCACUUAUCGAGGGCCAGGAUUUGCACAAGAGCCGGCUGGCGCAAGACGCCAGCUUGGAGACUUUCUCGAAUAGAUGUAGCUCCCUCACACCGGCUUCCGUGAGAAACCUGCAGGAGAUUGGAGCGUGGGCCCAUGUCAACCAGCCUCGAGUACAGCCAUACCAGGAGAUGCAAGUAUGGGACGGCGUGAGCGGAGCACGCAUAUCCUUUGACUGGCACACCGCAAAGCCUCUCCUUACUCCCCGCAAUCCCGCGCAGCCGACGACCAUUGCAUACAUGAUUGAGAAUGUCAACACUGUCACUGCCCUGCUGAGCCGGCUUGAAGAGCUCGGCGGUGUCGAUUUCUACACAUCUACCAAAGUCAAUUCGAUAGACCUGGGCACCGAUAAGGAUAAGAUGGACUUUUCUUCCUGGCCGAUACUCACAUUGUCAAAUGGGAAGUCCCUCGCCGCGAGGUUAUUGGUAGGCGCCGAUGGUGCGAACAGUCCAGUUCGGACAUUUGCAGGCAUUGAGUCGCGAGGAUUCGAUUACAAUAGACAUGGAGUUGUAGCCAGCCUGAAGCUUGAAGGCCAGGGCUGGGGAGGAUCGGAUCACAAGAUUGCGUACCAGCGGUUCUUGCCGACUGGACCAAUUGCUAUGCUGCCAUUGCCUGGUAACAUGUCGACGCUUGUAUGGAGCACAACGCCGGAGCGUGCCGCCAAGCUCAAGGCACUGUCGCAGCAGGAGUUUGUUGCCAUGGUCAACGCAGGCUUCCGACUGUCGCCCACUGAUCUCGAGUACUUGCACACACUAUCGUCGGGACAUGAAGAAGAAGUUGCAUGGCGAGAGAAGCACACACCUGUCGACGAGCACGCAAUCCCCAUGCGGGUGACCAACGUACAGGCCGGCACUGUUGCAUCCUUUCCGCUUCGUAUGCGACAUGCAGACACUUACACGGGCGAACGAGUCGCACUAGUCGGUGACGCUGCGCAUACCAUACAUCCGCUUGCAGGUCAAGGCCUCAACCAAGGACAGGGCGAUGCAGCAGCACUUGUCCGAACAAUAUCGUAUGCUGUUCAGACUGGUCAGGACAUUGGAUCAACGUUAGCAUUGGAAAGCUACAACAGCGAACGAUACGCGGAGAACAAUGCCAUGCUGGGCGUAUGUGACAAGCUGCACAGGCUCUAUAGUGUAGAAUCAGGGCCACUCGUAGGACUACGAAGCCUAGGCUUGAGAGCUGUAGAUUCCAUGGGCCCGCUCAAAGGCUUCUUCAUGAGCAAAGCAGCCGGCGGAUCAUGA